UCAGUUUUUCGAACGAAUUUUUCUUCUUACUCUUUCUUUUUUCCCUUAGAAAAAAAAAUAUAGUCUCAAAGUUGCCAAACACAGAACCGAAGAACCAUGUCUGCUGAGGAAGAAGUGAUCAUUUUGAACCAAGACACCAUGACAGUGGAACAAGCAUUGGAAGAUGUUUUGCGCCGCGCUCUUGUUCAUGAUGGUCUUGCUCGCGGCUUGAGGGAGGCUGUCAAGGCUCUGGAUAGACGACAAGCACAUCUCGCCGUGCUCAACGAAUCCUGUACGGAAUCCGAGUACGUCAAGUUGGUCGAAGCUCUUUGCGCCGAACACAAUAUUAAUCUCAUCAAGGUCGCCGACGGAAAACAAUUAGGUGAAUGGGCUGGAUUAUGCAAAAUCGAUCGUGAUGGUAACCCUCGCAAGGUUGUUGCCUGUUCCUGUCUCGCUGUCACUAACUACGGUGAAGAAUCUGAAGCUAUGAACGUUUUAUUGGAUUACUUCAAAUCCAAGUAGGAUGAUUUUCCCUAACCUUAGAUUGUACUCGUUUAGAUGUAGAUUAUUAUCAUUAUUGUUGUUUUGGUAUCAAUAAAGUCUAUCGAUACAAUUUGUUUAAAUGACA